AUGAAUUUAUGUGAUCCAAAACAAAAAGCAUUUGCACAACGUGUUUAUUUUGAUCUAAAAAUUUGUCGUAAAUGGUCGAAACUUCAUGUUUAUUUUAAUGAAGUUAAUAAAUGGAUAUUUUUUAUUGGUAGAUCAUCUGAUGAUCAACCAUUGACAUUUGUUUUACCUAUAUCAAAUGAUGAACAAUUAACUAUUGAUGAUUUAUUUAAUUUAAGAUCAAUAUUAUCUUCAACAUUACCAUCAAAUAUUCAUGAAAAUAUUUCAAGUGUAUUAAUGGCAAUCGUUGCAAAUGAUUUUACCUUAGGUUAUUUCAAUUUUUCAUUUGGUCUUCCAUCAUCUAUACCAUCCAUUAGAACAGAAACAAAAACAGAAACCGAAACUUCUAAUAAUCAAAUAAUAUCUACAAUUGAUGAUGAUGAUGAAUUUAUCAAUGAAAUAAAAAAAGAAACAAUAAAUAAUGAAUGGCCUACAAAUGAAACAGAUGCUACUUGGGACUAA